GAAUCGCUUUGAAUCCCAGGAGGACUGGUUCUCUAAUCUUGUUCGUCGCUUUCUCUUCCGACUCCGAUCAAUUUCUUCUCCGAUUUCCUAAUUUGGCUCUUGCUAUCCCGAAUUCAACAUGGCUACUGCCGCCACUGGCGAUGUCGAAGCCGGGUUCGCCAAGCUUCAGGGCGAGGACUUCGAGUACUAUAUGCAAACCUAUUCUAUCAUCCUUGGGCGGAAUUCUAAAAAAUCCAGCGUCGACGUUGACCUAUCCAGCCUUGGCGGCGGGAUGAACAUCUCCCGCCACCAUGCCCGCAUAUUCUAUGACUUCACGCGUCGUCGUUUCGCCCUCGAGGUUCUCGGUAAGAAUGGUUGUCUUGUAGAAGGUGUCCUUCACCUUCCGGGCAAUCCACCCGUGAAACUCGAUUCCCAAGAUUUGCUUCAAAUUGGGGACAAGGAGUUUUACUUUCUGCUGCCGGUGAGGAGUAUUCUGGGAGGGCCGCUUGGGCCUAGGCAUUAUGUGAAUCAUUCAUCAAUGGCGGCCGGAGGGGCAGUUCCGCCGCACUAUAAUUAUCAUAUGGCCAAUGCUGCACCUGCGGCUGGAGCUUUGGUGAAGAAAGGCAGGAGGGAUUACUACGAUGAUGAUUAUGAGGAUGAGGAUGACAUUGGUGGCACUGGUAGCAGUGGGAAGAAGCUAAGGAGGGACGGGUAUGAAGGUUACGGAUACGGCGGGGUAGGCUCGGGUGGCAAGACUUCACUUUCAGGAGCGUUGGAUAAGAAGGCAGAAGGCAGGUCUCGAGUAGAUCGUGAUGCUGAUAAUCUUCAGCUUCAACAGUUGGAAGAAAAGGAUGUAGUAUCAUCAGUAGCUACUGUUCUCUCUGAUCUUUGUGGUCCUGGGGAAUGGAUGCCAAUGGAGAAACUUCAUACGGAGUUGCUGGAGCACUAUGGAAAUGUGUGGCACCACAGUCGAGUAAGGCGAUAUCUCUCAUCGGACGACUGGACUGGUCCGGAAUCCAAAGGGAAGCCUUGGUAUGGUUUACUGAUGCUAUUGAGGAAAUACCCUGAACAUUUCGUCAUCAACACAAGGUCCAAGGGCAGGGUCACUCUGGAGUUUGUUUCUCUUGUGUCUCUGAUUUCAUGAAACGUCCUUUAUACAGAGAUGCUUGAUCGUGUUAGUUCAAUGAAGUACAGAAUUGCUUUGUGCCAAAAUUGCUUAUCAUGACAAAAAUCUACAUGGUCUGCUCCACUAGAUUAAAUCCUUGUAUAUCCAUAUCGUGCUUAUGUUGUUUAAGCUAGAAGAAAGGUUUUGGUACAUUGUUUGUCAUGAAACUUGCAUUGGUAGUGGCAAUUAGGUGCUAUUUUAAUUGAUGGGAGCACGUGAAUUAUUAGAUGUAUUUAUUCAACAA